AUGGAGUAUCUUCCGCGCAACGAGGUUCCCACCCUCACGCACGUCCUGAGAGCCCUCAAACGCGCGGAGCACGGACUUUACAACUGCAUCGCAUCUAUAGUGCAUGACCAUGAGUUCGUAAAGGAUGUGACAGCCCGGUACCCGGGCGUGCCGGUCCUUCCCAAUCUGCGGUGUGGUGGGUGGUACGUGCCCGACCCCACCCACACCUGCGCGUUCAAGAGCACCGAUGGGCACUCUGGCAACUGGUCCUUCUCCACGACCCGCCUGAAUCUCAACGUCGCGCAGCUGUCUGCAAGGCAUGGGGGCUGCAUCAUAGUAGAUGCCACACGCCGUGGGAAGCGCUUCCCCGUGAGUGUGGUGGAGGACGCCUUCUCCAAGACCCUUCCCAUCUGGGCGGCCGUUGUAAAUCGUGCAGUGGCCCAGCUCCGGGGCACGACGGUCGACGAGUCAGACUGGGAUGCAGCCCUCCACCUCCCUGCCUGGGUGCCGGACAGCGAAGCACACCAGAUCGGCCUCCGGCUGGACGGCUGGGCGGCAGACCUCUUGCACGUUUGUCCCGACAUCCACGGCCUCGCCGGCACCCUCCUGAAACCGCUGCGGUGCAUGUGGCUCGCGCAUGACAGCCGGACGUGGGGUGAUGCGAUGGACGGUUCCCUGGCUGACCUGGCAUUCACACCCCUGAUCCUCGCGUCGGCUUCCCUCUCCUCCGGGCGCCAGCGGCGAUGUCUGGAGCUCGACGCCCUGCAACUUCCGUAUGACUACGUCCCGGGGGCCGGGGACGAUGAGGAGACAUGGGCCGGGGGCCUGUCCCCUGAGGUCAUGUGGCAGCACCACAGGCAGCUGCUGGAGGCCGGCCCAGCGGGCGCCGAGGCGCUUGCGGCCCGGCUCAUGGCCGGCAGGCCAGGCCCAGGCGGCCUGUUGCCCCGACAGGGCCGCAGGCGCGGCGCAGGAACCUGCACGGACCAGCACCACCCGCUGCCGGCGGGGCUGGGGGCCGGGGUCGGGGCCCAGGCUCCGGCGGCGGGUUCGAGCAGGCGGCCUGUUGUCGUGCCCGGGACGAACCUCUUCCUGGCGCUGGACGCCGACCAGGACAGGCUUGCCCUCCUCGUGGAUCUGGUGCUGGACCUGCGGACGGCGACGGGCGAGGACUGUGGCGCUGCGCCAGGCGCCACAGCGGCCAGGCUGGGCAUGCUGGCCUUGCCCGUGCCGCCCUGCAAGCGCGACAAGGCGGGCCUGCUCCGGCGCCUCCCCGCCGUCCUGGACGCGGUCUGCCCCGCGCUGCGGGGCGGGCGACGCGUGGGCAUGCUGGGCGACGCCGGCGGCGACGCGCUCGCCGGCGCGGCCGUCGCCGUCCUGGCGGCGCUCUACUCCAUCGACGCCGCCGGCGGGCUCCGUCCGAGGGAGGGCGGGCCGGGCACCGGGACCCCCGCCGUCAGCAAGACGGAUGUGCAGAGGUACCUGGGCGUCGUGGCGGCGGCCAGCCCCGCCGCCCGCCCGACCAGGGGCAUGCUGAAGCAGGUGUUUGCCUACUUUCAUGCUGAGCAGGCGCGGGCGGCGGCGGGCUGA